AUGAAAUUCCUAAUCCCGCCGUCGUUAGCCUUGGUGCUUCUUCCAGCGUUGACAAUUGCCGCGACCGACGUCAACUUGGCACGCCAACUUAAUGCUCGUGAAGCGGGUGCCUCUUCCGAUUCGAAUGCGGUUUAUGUCGACGCAGAGCCCGCUGUGUAUAACACUGCUGCCAAAGGGUCGCCGGACGCCCCAGUCGAUGGCAAAGAUGGAAAGCCGCACGCUGGUCCUUGGGUAGACACUGCCACGGAUCGCGAUCGCAAGGCGAAAGGCAGCGAUGAGGCGAAAGGUGGGGUUAUGGACGACCCAAGCCGCACGGGUCCGAAAGAGGGCACGAGAGGUACGGAAGGAGGAGUGUCGGAAAAGGAGAAGGUAAACCAGGGCACGUCCGAGAAGGUCCCCGGCAGCCCCAAAGAGGCGCCCCCGAGGCCUCACAGUGAGAAGCAGAAGCAGUCCGACGACAGCGAGGCCAGCGUCGGUAAUGGAGGGCGCACAUCGGAUGAUGCCAGCGCACUCGGAAUGCUGGAGAAACCUGCCGACCUUCCCAGCAAACCGCAUGAUAUUCCGCAUCCCAAGUCUCCUUCUCAGGUCAAACAGGAUCCACUCGCAGUUCAGCAGGGCUCAACUGGCACGGGAUCAUAUCCCAGCUCCAAAUCUCCAGGCCUCACAACAGGCGAAAAAGCGGUUGGCGAGAGCGAUGGCUUGCAUUCUCUGCUGUUCUCGUUCACGAUGAUCAUUGUGUCUGAGAUUGGCGACAAAACCUUCCUUGUCGCCGCUCUCAUGGCGAUGAGACAUCCUCGCUUGGUCGUUUUCUCCGCCGCUUUCUGUGCCCUGUUCGUUAUGACUGUGUUGUCGGCAAUUCUUGGUCACGCUGUUCCUACCUUGAUUCCUAAGUCGGUCACAAAACUGAUGGCUGCCGUAUUGUUCCUGAUCUUUGGCGCAAAGAUGCUCAAGGAGGGUCGUGAGAUGUCUCCAGAUGAGGGUGUUGGUGAGGAAAUGCGCGAGGUUGAAAUGGAGCUGGAGGAGAAGGAACAAGAGCAACGUCGUAUGGGUCGCCGCCGCUCCUCGGUCACUCCCCACUCGCUUGAAGCUGGUCGAGCUGGAGCCCGCGCCAAGUCGCGCGGCUCCUCUAAUCGCCUGCCUUCUCCUCCCGAGAGUAUCUCCUCCUCUUCUUCGCGCGGCUCCUCGCCGACCCCAGGUCGUCGUCUCAACGAUAUGAUGAAUGGAGUGGGUAACCUAUUUUCCCUCUUGUUGAGCCCUGCCUGGGUACAGACAUUCGUCAUGACCUUCCUCGGUGAGUGGGGUGAUCGCAGUCAGAUUGCCACCAUCGCAAUGGCUGCUGGGCAGGACUACUGGUGGGUGACUGUUGGCGCUAUUACCGGCCACGGAAUUUGUACCGCCGCAGCAGUGAUAGGUGGUCGAGCAAUUGCCGGCCGUGUCAGUCUGCGAGUUGUUACCCUGGGCGGUGCGACCGCUUUCCUUGUGUUUGGUAUCAUUUACCUCAUUGAAGCCAUGUAUUAA